AUGGCGCUGCGUAAGGUCAAGCCCUCCGUGUCGCCGGCUUGGUACGAACCUGCUCUCGACGCGCCCAACGUCUCAGAGAAGAGCCUCGCCACCACGCACUUGCUGAUGGCGGGGGAGAGCAAUGAGAGGGGGAGGACGGAGCUCCGGCUUACUGAUGAGCGGGCGUCGUCGGUGUUGGAGCAGAUGAAGGUCGACUUGAAGCCGGGCAAUGCGAGGGCGGCCAAGGUGACAGGGGCCAUGCUCUUGAGGGAAUUGUUGACGCUGCGUGUUGCUCCUCUUCAAGCGCUUUUGCGCCUCUUGGUCGGGGACAACCAAGAGUACCCACCGAGCGCCUUCGUUCCUCUGUCCCGCCAUAAGGACUGGGAGCAGAUCGUGGCCUCCCGACCAACUUUCGACAGUCGCGGGCUGGUGCCGCCGGCGCCUACCGAGGUCUCUGCGGCGCCGAAGCCAGUGGAGCCGUCUUCAGGCGAGUCCCGCGGGGAGGAAGAGGGGGAGGUGACCCCCGAAGGGACGGGGGAGACCUCCCCCUUGAGCAAAGCCGACAUCCUCCGCACCCUGCCUGAUGACGCCGAGGCCGACACCCAUCAGGAGAAGGGGGAGCUGCCCGUCAUCCCGACAAGGGGCAGAUCAUCGCUGGUCUCUCGAGAUGUUACUCCUGCCGUGGUGCCGUCUGGAGCUGCUUCCGGCCCCUCCGCUGCGCCAGGUUCUGCUCUCGGAGCCAACGCGCCUGCACCUCAAGCCUCGAGGCUCUCGGGCUUCAAGCUCACCAAGCGGAGGGUGGACUACGCCGCGGUGGACCAGCCGCUGCCUUCGGCGAAGAAGAGCAAGGGGGAUGCUGCGGCCGCGCCCCAUUCCACGGAGAAAGGAGGCGACAACACUCGCACCUCCUUGGGCCGGUCGCCCUCGCGAGACCAGGAGGAGUGUCGUCACGAGGAGUCAGCCCCCGAGGUCCCACUGGCUCCGGAAGUGCCAAUGUCCGGCUCGGCUGCCGAGGUUCCAAAAGCUCGGGAGCCCUUGGUCUCCCAGGCUCUGGCCGCGACGGCCUUUGAGAAGGAGAAGCAGGCCGCCGCCAAGGCUGCAGCUGAUCGCGAGGCGGCGCGGAAGGACGCCGAGGCCGCCCACGACCGCUGCCAGGCGCUGGAGGACGAGCUAAAGAGCCUGUGCGACCAGCUCGCGGAAGAAGCUCGUGGCCGCCAGGCUAAGGAGGAGGAGAUGAGGGCUCGGGAGGACGCCAUCAAGGACCCUGCCGCCGCAGCCGUGAAAGGUCAGGUGGAGGCCCUGCUGAAGAAGUUCCACGGCUUCACUCCCACACCUUCGACCGAAGCCGCCGCCACUCCUGCAGCUCCGGCCGGCGGCCCAGACGAAGGCGACGCCAUCAAGGGAGGAGUGCCUCUUACGGGCGUCGAUGGUGUUCAAGGAUGA